CCGGAGCUUCUAAAGGGCGGGCUGUAGCCCGCGCUUGCGUGCUUGUGUCUUCACCUUGGUGGAUAAUCAUGGCGACGGACUCAUGGGCGCUGGCGGUGGAUCUGCAGGAGUCGGCGGCUGAGUCGCUGAGCAACCUAAAGCUGAAAGAAGAGAGUUCAAAUGCUGAACCUAAAGAAGCAAUGAUAAAGCACGAUCCAUCUGACAAACUGGACAAAACUGCUAAACUCGACAAAAGUGAUAAUUUGGACAUCAAGCAAGACGAUGAUGAUAAAGAGGAUAAGGCUGCCCAGUCUCUAUUGAAUAAGCUAAUCCGCAGUAAUCUGGUUCAAUCGACACAUCAAGUUGAAGUACUCCAGAGAGAUCCAAAUUCCCCUCUGUACUCUGUGAAGUCCUUUGAAGAGCUGCAUUUGAAAAAAGAUCUUCUGCAAGGAGUAUAUGGAAUGGGAUUUAACAGACCUUCAAAGAUCCAGGAGACAGCGUUACCCAUGAUGCUUGCAGAACCCCCUCAGAAUCUGAUUGCACAGUCUCAGUCGGGUACUGGUAAGACAGCUGCCUUUGUUUUGGCCAUGCUCAGUCGUGUUGAUCUCUCCCAAAGGCACCCACAGUGUUUGUGUCUUUCUCCAACCUAUGAACUGGCUUUGCAGACUGGACAGGUUAUUGAACAAAUGGGGAAGUACUGUCCUGAUAUCAAGCUAGCUUAUGCAGUGCGAGGCAACAGACUUGAGAAGGGUCAGAAGAUUUCAGAACAAAUUGUUAUUGGCACACCCGGGACAGUAAUGGAUUGGUGCACAAAACUGAGAUUCAUAGAUACAAAGAAAAUUAAAGUUUUUGUCCUAGAUGAGGCUGAUGUCAUGAUUGCAACUCAAGGCCACCAAGACCAGAGCAUUAGAAUUCAGAGGAUGUUGCCUAAAGAUUGUCAGAUGCUGCUGUUCUCAGCUACAUUUGAAGAGUCUGUGUGGAAAUUUGCCCAGAAGGUUGUUCCAGAGCCUAAUAUUAUCAAGUUGAAGCGGGAGGAAGAAACCUUGGAUACAAUUAAACAAUAUUAUGUCCUUUGUGACAACAAGGAAGAGAAAUACCAUGCUCUGUGCAAUAUUUAUGGAGCAAUUACCAUAGCACAGGCCAUGAUCUUCUGUCAUACUCGCAAGACUGCAGGUUGGUUGGCAGCUGAAUUGUCUAAAGAAGGUCAUCAAGUUGCACUGCUGAGUGGAGAGAUGAUGGUAGAGCAACGAGCUGCUGUGAUACAGCGUUUCCGGGAUGGCAAAGAGAAAGUACUUGUCACAACUAAUGUCUGUGCAAGAGGAAUUGAUGUUGAGCAGGUCUCCGUCGUCAUAAACUUUGACCUUCCAGUGGAUAAAGAUGGUAAUCCAGACUGCGAGACGUACCUUCACAGAAUUGGACGAACAGGUCGUUUUGGCAAACGUGGCUUGGCUAUUAACAUGGUAGACAGUAAAUACAGCAUGAAUAUCCUCAACCGAAUCCAGGAUCAUUUCAACAAGCGCAUUGAAAAGCUUGAUACAGAUGACCUUGAUGAGAUUGAAAGGAUUGCUAACUGAAGUGCAACAGGCUGAACUAGUUUAAACCCUUCUCAACCCUGUGACAACAUGCACUGCCCAGCUGCAAUUGGACUUUUGGACUUGGAAUCCAUUGGGUUAUUCUGCAACCAGUUUUAAGAACAGACUGACAAAAUCAAAUUAUGUUGAAUUUACCUCAUUUAAAACUUUGCAGUUGGACUAUAAAAUUUUGUACUUUUCCUUCAAGUGAAUAAAAAAUGCCAGGAAAUUGUUUACAUUUGAAACAUUCAACAUGCUUUAUAAAGUUUGUCUUAGUUAACCUUAAACACAAAAAAUAGAAAUAAAAUUUGAAUUGCCAAACUGAAAAAGGUAGGAGAUGUAAAAAUGUUAAGGAAAAAUGGCCUUUUCCAUUAGGUGGACUGCAUUUUUAGUGGGUUACAAGCAUAGAUCUAUAUCUGUGAAGUGAAAUGGAUACUUAAUUGCAAAAAUUGGUCUGAUGCAAAAAUGCCAUUACACUAUAACACUUCAUAAUUAUCCUUCAUUAUUUUGCAUAUGAAUUAGAGAAGGUAUUGGAUUUUUACUGUCAAUUUAGCCAUGGCAAAUCGUUUAUUUAGGUUUAUUUUCGAUGUGAUUUAUUCAUGGCUAGUUGUCUCCUGGAUCGAUAAAAUUAUUUUUGAUCUAGUUAUUAAGUCCAUACCUUUAUUCAGAAAUAUCUUCAGUUAUACUCGAGCCUGAAGUAAGCAAGAAGAAAAUUCUUGUCAUAGUGCCACACCAAAAAUUCCAGAACUUCUUGGUAACAACUUUCUUUGUUGUAGGAAACAAAAAAUUAAAACUAACAAUCACAUUUUAAAAAUCCCAGUACCUUAAAUAAGAAAAGUCAAUGUUUAAUUAUGGUUCCUUUAACAUUGAAAUGCUCAUAAGAAAAUUUAAGUUCUUGAUAUUAAUUGAGAAUCUGGUUUGAUUUUUACCUAAUAUUUCUGAGUUUGGGGAAGAGUAGCAUUGCUGGGCUGAAAUUUAUGUUGAACAGUGAGGAAUUUGGACAAAUCAAAAUAAAAAUGCUCUUUGGAUAAGUUGUAUUACAUUAGCAUGUAAAGUGCUUUGCUCAAUUUAAGAGCUAGCAGGUGAUUUUUUUGAAAUAGCUGCACUGAAUGAACCUAUUCUAUAUAAUGAGCUCUGAAUAUCAUAUUAUAUCUGCACAAAUGAUAUGUACCAUUGUCAGCCCUUAGAUUUGUAUCCAUUUUAUGCUGAGAAUGCUUGUGUAUGCUGCAAUGAGUAUAAACCAAAAGUUAUUCACUGAAUUUCAGAAUUGGGAUAGCUUUGUAGACCUGUACCCUUCUGUUAAAUAUGAGCCUUUUAUAUUCAGUACUUAUGUAUGAAUUGACUCGUGAAAGUAUCUUUGCCAUACAUUAUUCUACUGUACAAGGAAGAUGGCUAGAAAAACCAAUGAAUUUGAGGUUUGACAUAACCUAGUCAGACUACUGCAGUAUGUGAACAUCAAUUCACCAUUGUAAUGUUUUCCACUUACACCAGGUCCACAUUUAUUGAAUGGUUAACAUUCCUAUCAAAUACAUUUAUACAUAGGCCAAGCAUUUUUAAACCAUAUCACAAAAAAGUAUUGUCCCUUUAAAAAUGAGUUUGGAAGUCCACAUUUUUAUAUGUCUGUUUGAAAGCAGAGAUUGGAUCACUACUUGUGCUUGUGAAUGGAAUCCCUGCCUUGAACCUGUCAUUUGCUUUGUGUGUUGGAUAUGUUCAGCAGUUACUUUGAGGUAGCUGCCAUUGCAAUAUACCAGCUUUACUGGCACAUUUUUUUUUUAACAAAUAGUGUUAAGAAACAAGUAUUUUGAAGAGUAUAGUGAUUUUAUUUAAAAAGGGAAUUCCUGGUUUGGCAAAAAAUUAUUUGCAGUUAAUGGCCAGCUGUUGAAAAUCUUACUGUUUAUAUUUCUCAACUAAUGUCUUCAAUUGGUGACUGUUGCAGCUUUCCAUAGAGUGAAAACUGGUUAACUAUCUCACCCCACAUUGGAAGUGUUUAAAAAAUUGGGGUAAAGAACUAAAAAUACAGUCUGAGAAAAUAAAAUACUUAUGCAAUAUUUUGGCUGUAUAAUUCUGUUCAAAUACAGGAACAAAUUAAACUUUUACCAAGUAAAAACUGAAGCUAAUUUGAGAUUGUACCUAAAAUUUUAGGAAAAUUUGACAAAAUGCCCUCUCUUCAAAUAUUUGUAUACAGACUUUACCUUGAAAUGACUGUGCAGCUUAAAUUACUGUAUUGAAUUUUGUAUGUUAGGGUGUAUGCAUUUGUUCACAAUGCAUUUUUAUUUGGUUGUGAACUGGAUUGUAAUUGGAAAUAUUUAAACUGCAGAAACGAAUGAGUGCUUUGAGUGUCAUAAUGAAUUUGAGAUUGAAAUGCCUCUAAUUUUACAAAUUAAAGAUAAUCUUUGGCAGCCCUUACAAUGGAGGAAACUAAUCUUGUGUACUAUUUGGAAUAAAGAAUAAGUACGUCA